AUGGCCAACGUCACUGCCAACAACGCUCCUCUGGAGGCUGAUGAGACAUACGGUGACAAUGAUUCCACUUAUGCCGGGUCAAUCGGCGAUGCAAGUUACACAAGCUCCAUAACGUCAAGUGUGGUCAACUACAAGUACGAAAACGGCCGCCGGUACCACGCCUUCCAUGAAGGCGAAUAUAUCCUGCCCAACGACGAGGCAGAACAGGAUCGAUUGGAUCUGAGCCACCAUGUCUACCGACUUGUGCUUGGUGGUGAGCUGCAGCUUGCUCCUAUCCAGCAUCCGAAAAGGGUAUUAGACAUUGGAACCGGCACUGGCAUCUGGGCUAUUGAUUUUGCAGAUGAACACCCUGAUGUCGAAGUUAUCGGAAAUGACCUGAGCCCUAUCCAACCCACCUGGCUACCGCCCAAUUGCCGAUUCGAGAUCGACGACUUCGAACAACCCUGGGAAUACUCCCGCGCGUUCGACUACAUCCAUGGCCGGGAACUUGAGGGCGCGGUCCGAGACUAUGACAAGCUCUUCCGCCAGGCCUUGGAGAAUCUAGUCCCUGGUGGCUAUUUUGAAAUGGCAUCAAUAGAGAUCGGCACCUUCUCAGACGACGAUACCCAUCUGAAGGCCACAAACUUACGCCGAAUAGUUAGGCUCGUGCAUGAGUCUUCCGAGGAGUUUGGGAAAUCCUUCAAAACAGUGGCAACAUGGAAGGAGAAAAUGAUCAAGGCGGGCUUUGAAGAUGUCCAUGAGAAGGUCUUUAAACUCCCUCAAAGCCCAUGGCCCAAAGACCCCAAACUCAAAGAGAUUGGCCGCUACCAUCAAUUAAAUGUGCUGGAGGGUCUGGGCCCAUAUACAUAUGCUCUUUUCACCAGAGUUCUGGGUUGGUCAAGGGCUGAAAUUGAGGUCAUCCUUGCCAGUGCACGGAACGAGGUUAAGGACUUGUCAAUUCACCUGUACACCAGACUUUGGAUUGUGUAUGGGCGUAAGCCGGAGAAAUCAGCUUGA